AUGCAUAUGCCUUUCACCCCGCCUCCACGGUCGACUCGAAAGGCUCAAGGUUUUGCUAGCCAACCUGGUUCGCCUUAUAGUGGCGCGGCGACCAGAAAAUUGGAAUCUGCUUCACUGGCUUUUUCUUUGAAAGACUGUCAUCUUGCUCACCCGUCCCUCUUGGAGGAUUGUAAUAUUCUCUUAUCCGAGGCGCCUAUCGCGGCGGUUUGCGGGUGUGUCCAAACAACCUGA